UCCAAACUGUAAAGCAAAGCAUCAAACGACGACGAGGGAUUGCGUUUAGUUAUAGGAACAGUGGAAAAGUCCAAUUAGGGAUUCAGUAAGGGCUACGAUUAUGUUAAUGUCUAAACUUUCAAGAGUUGGGCUUUUGUUGUUUAAAGAGCUCUCUAGAGGGAAAUCCAGAGCCAUAACUGGAGCAGGAUAUACACAGACGCCUUUUAGCCAAUACUUGCAAACGCUGCAGUCAGAAACUAAGGUGUCAAAGGGAGCAAUCUUUCAGAAGUAUCAUCACUUUUCUUCAGCAGCGACCAAAGAUUCUUCAGAGGAAGGGAGUGAAGAGAAACAAACGAUAUCUGUGACAUUUGUUGAUAAGGACGGGGAGGAGAAGCACAUUAAGGUUCCAAUUGGAAAUUCGAUGUUAGAAGCAGCCCAUGAAAAUGAUAUUGAACUUGAAGGAGCAUGCGAAGGCUCACUUGCCUGUUCAACGUGUCAUGUGAUUGUGAUGGAUGUAGAGUACUACAAUAAACUGGAAGACCCAACCGAUGAGGAGAAUGACAUGUUGGACCUUGCUUUUGGGCUCACAGAAACGUCUCGUCUGGGUUGUCAAGUUAUUGCAACACCAGAACUAGAUGGAGUACGAUUAGCUAUUCCUGCGCAUACGCGAAACUUUGCUGUUGAUGGGUAUGUUCCAAAACCGCACUAGAAGUGAUAAAAAGCAAAACUGAAGAGAGAUGGUUAAAGUUUUACAGAUGUAAUCACCCCCAUUUUGUAGCUAAUAUUCUUACAGCGAUAGAUAGGUCUUUGUGGGCGUAUCUUUUUUUCUUCUCUUUUGUUUCUUGGUUUUCUAUUGAUUAUUGCGGUUCUAAUUAUAUUGCUGAGUGUACUUUUUAUAAAACUAUUUUAAUAGUUCUCGUGAUGCCGAUGAGAAUUCACCUUACCUUUCACGGUCU